UCUCAGGGUAUAUUUAUCUUCCUUCAUGGUCUGACAAUUUAACACAAGUGGAAUGAAGUGGAACAAAAGACGCAAAGUAUCCGGGGACGGAGCUCAUUGGAUCCCCUUUGUGGAGAAAGUUACGUGGCCUUUCAUAUUGCUGGCAGCAUUUUUUAUUGCGCAUACAACUUCCACUUCCAUAGGAACAUGGAUGAAUCUAGGUCUCCAGGGAAUUGAUGUUUUAAGAAAUCCACAAGCCUAUCUCUUAGGAGCUCAACCCCUCUGCAGCCGAUUAAGUGGCUUGUCCAGGGGUCAGACCAAACUGUGUUAUUUGUACCAAGACCACAUGGCUCACGUUGCUAGAGGUGCUAGACUGGGAAUCACCGAGUGUCAGUGGCAGUUCAGGACCAGGAGGUGGAACUGUUCGACUGUAGAUGAUUCCAGCGUCUUUGGCCCAGUACUUAAUAUUGGUAGUCGAGAAGCGGCCUUCGCUCACGCGGUAGCGGCGGCUGGGGUGGUUCACACCGUGUCGCGAGGUUGUCGCGACGGCCAGUUGUCCAACUGCGGAUGCAGUCGAGCCAUGCGUCCCCAGAACCUGCACCGCGACUGGAUCUGGGGAGGUUGCGGAGACAACAUCGAGUAUGGAUAUCGAUUCACGGAAGGUUUCGUCGAUGUGCGAGAACGGGAGAUCAACCACCCCCGUGGGUCCAAAGAACAGGGCAGGAAGCUCAUGAACCUCCACAACAACGAAGCAGGGAGAAGG